CAGCAACUGCUGUUGCUCACUGCAAGAGAGGAAAUGGCCUCAUUAAAGUGAAUGGAAGGCCUCUGGAAAUGAUUGAGCCCAGAACUUUGCAGUAUAAGCUGCUGGAGCCCGUGCUCCUGCUGGGGAAGGAGCGGUUUGCAGGGGUGGACAUCCGAGUCCGUGUGAAGGGUGGCGGCCACGUGGCGCAGAUCUACGCUAUCCGUCAAGCUAUUUCCAAAGCACUGGUGGCUUAUUAUCAAAAAUAUGUUGAUGAAGCUUCCAAGAAGGAGAUCAAGGAUAUUCUAAUCCAGUAUGAUAGGACUCUGUUGGUUGCAGAUCCUCGCCGUUGUGAAUCCAAGAAAUUUGGGGGACCUGGUGCUCGUGCACGCUACCAGAAGUCUUACCGUUAAAAUUGUUCUGUGGUCAUGUGGCAGUCAAUAAACAUAAAGAGAAUUGGAUAAAUA